AUGAAUUCUGCUCAUGAGAAUGAUGACAGGGAUGACGACCAUGAUGACCAGAAUAGGAAUGACAGCGUUGUUGAUGGUGAUGAGAAGGAUGACGAUGAUGGUGACCUGGAGGACUUCUGCGCUACGUCGUCAAGGCACCAGGCAUCCCGGGUGAUCCUGUACGCCUUCUUUACAGCGGGCAUCGUGUGCACGGUGGUGGGUAACUUCCUGGUGGUCCUGGCCAUCGCGUACUACAAGCAGCUGCAGUCGCCCACCAAUUCGUUCGUCAUGUCCUUGGCGGUGGCCGACUUCCUGGUGGGGUUGGUGGUCAUGCCCUACAGCAUGGUGCGCACCGUGGAGGGCUGCUGGCUCUUCGGCGCCCUCUUCUGCCGGGUCCACUCCAGCCUGGACGUCAUGCUGUGCACCGCAUCCAUCUUCCACCUCAGCUGCAUCGCCUUCGACCGCUACUACGCGGUGUGUAACCCCUUGGUCUACCACCUGAAAAUGUCCCAGGGCCGAGUAGCCUUCCUGAUCGUGGUCUGUUGGGCCGUCCCGUUGCUCAUCUCUUUCGGCCCCAUCAUGCUGGGCCUCCACAAGGCUGGGGUGGACAUGGUGCCCAUGCCGCCCGAGGACGCCUGCGUCUUCCUGGUCAACCGCGUCUACGCCGUCAUGGCCUCCCUGGUGGCCUUCUACCUGCCUAUGGGCAUCAUGCUAGCGGCCUACUGGAAGAUCUACAAGGCGGCCAAGCGGCAGGCCAUGCAGAUCAGCGCCAUGGAGAGCCAGUUUUCGGCCGGGGUGGGCAAGGACUCCAGCAAGAAGCAGAGGCACCGCAACGCCAUGAGGAGGGAGAGGAAGGCGGCUAAGACCCUGGGGAUCAUCAUGGGGGUCUUUCUCCUCUUCUGGCUUCCCUUCUUCACGGUCAACAUCGUGGAUCCCUUCAUCGACUAUAGCACAGCGGUGGAGGUGUGGGAGUUUUUCCUGUGGCUGGGGUAUGUUAACUCGUCGCUUAACCCAUUCUUGUAUGGGUUCUUCAAUAGAUCCUUCCGUAGAGCGUUUAUGAUGAUUAUGGGAUGUCGGAUAUGUCUGUCGAGCUCCUCACCGGGUCUGGACUUAUCAAAAGAGAGCAACGAACGCAAGGUCAACCAAUAGGAGACAAGAAUCGCAACACUCCACACAUGGAUGUGACAUCGACCUAUCACACGCCAAGAAAGAGGGCAACGGGACACACAGACAACCAAUAGGAGACUUUUAAAAUACUUCAAUUACCGGCUAAUUGUGUACAGGUAGAGGACAAUUGAAGGGAUUAAGUUGUUAUUGUAAUAUUAAAGAGGAUUUAGCCACUGACUGAUGAAAACAUUGACGUUUAAAACAAUCUGUGCAUUUCUGAGACGGAUAAAACUGAAAUAAACACAAACCCUCAAAUGACAGGGUGCAAAUAAACAUUGUAUUUUGGUAGUCGUUAAAAAUGAAGAA